CCAUCUGCAUGGAUCAUGUCAUGGUAGAUGGACUUUAGUUUCAUUUGUACCUAUUUUUAAGUGUUGAUAAAACUCUUGUGUAUUCAGAAGAAAUCUGUGUAUUAAUUUGUGGGAUGUACAUUCAGUUUAAUGAAUCAAGAUGACGAUUUUAUCUAAGAAAAAGGCCAUUCAGGGGAAAUCAGAAGUAGAAUCUCCAGAAACUACAACUCACCACAAUGGAUCUCAUUCUCAUGGAAUUUCCCUAGGAUCCUUACCCAGUCACCCACAAAUAAAUGAAAGAAAUCGAGAAGAGCGAUUGAACUCACCUCAUAGUUGGCCUAGAGAAGAAAAAAGAGCUUCUCAUGUACAAGACUAUGAUAGCCAUGAAAGUGGGCCCAGCCACAGUAAGAGGCGCCACCGUUCCAGCCCACACAGGACUACUCGUAGCAGCAAGUUGCGAGAGAGAGAAAGAGCAUCUCCUGGUAGCUCCCCUAAAGCAGGCCCCUCCUGUGACGACAACUCUGGCUACAACAGUGGAGAUGAGUAUGACUCUCGUCGGCUUGGUGAGAUUACCGAAGCUGAAUGGGUGGAGAAAGAUAGACUGUUUGAGAAGAAGAUGCGCAAACGAGGACUGAUUGUGAAGGCUAUGGGAGAAGAUGGAGCUUGCUUGUUCAGAGCAGUUGCAGAUCAGGUCUAUGGAGAUCAGGAGAUGCACGCAGUUGUUCGUAAACAUUGUAUGGACUAUAUCGCUGCCAAUGGUGACUACUUUUCUCAAUAUGUAACAGAAGACUUCUCUAACUACGUCAAUAGGAAACGCAUGGAUUGUACCCAUGGAAACCACAUAGAAAUGCAAGCCAUGAGCGAAAUGUACAACCGUACUAUCGAAGUAUUUUGCUAUGGAAAAGAUCCCAUUAACAUUUUCCAUGGAGUUAAUAAGACGGACAACGAGCCAAUCCGUCUGUCAUAUCAACGUAACAGCCACUACAACAGUAUUGUAGAUCCUCACAAAGCCACCAUCGGUGUAGGCCUCGGACUGCCAAACUUCAGUCCAGGAGGAGCUGAGAAGAGUCUCAUCAAAGAUGCCAUACGUCAGAGUGAAGACUUCCAUAUUGAACAGGCUAUGUUGGAAGACAAGCUACGAGCUACUGACUGGGAAGCUACCAAUGAGGCUAUAGAAGAGCAAGUAGCACGUGACAGCUACCUACAGUGGCUGCGGGAUUCUGAGAAACGAGACAAAGCUCUAGCCAGAUCCUCCACGGCCACAUCUACAUCGGCUACAGUCACUUGUCCCUCGCCUCGCAGUCCUCGCUCCCGUCACAACAGUCCUAAACAUGACGGUGGAGAGUGCAGUCAGUCUUUCAAUCUCAUAGAGUCUGCCUCCUUUCUUAACAUUGUACCCCCGAGCAUGUUUGGACUGUCAGAGUGGGAGGACGCUGGUAUUGUCGCGCAGGUAUUGGCUGCAUCACAACAAGAAUACCUGGACAAUCUCAAGAAAGCCAGGGACGCCAACAACGCACAAGAGGCAGGCACGAGUGUCGUUGACCACCUUCAACCCUCCACUUCCAGUUAACCAACCACCUAACAUACCUUUGUCAGUCGCAAUAAUUUGUUUUCAACUUCUUUAUGAAAUUGCCAUUUGAAAAAUAUUUUAAAUAACUAUGGCAGUUAGGAUCAUAUCAAAAAUAUGGAAAUUGCCAUUUUUUUACUUUAAGUGUGUGAAACAAGUAAUCCAGGUUUCUUUCCAGUCGGUCCUUUGUAAAGUUAUAAAUACACCUUCCAGUGGGUGUAAAAGUGAAUUGUGGAAAAUGUUUUAAACAUAGUUACUUAUGUUAGUGUUUUAUGUUUACAAUUUUUUAAACAUGUUGGAUGCUUCAAAAUAAUUUAAUUUGGUUUUCAGAGGUGAGAAGUUAUUGGGUUUUUAAUAACUCUAAAUUUCAAAUUAGUAACUGAAAUGUCGAGUUGGUAAAAGCUAUGAGUGUAGAUAAAAACAUGAUUUUCCAAAAUAAGAUAAUCUAGAACUACAGGACUCUGUAAAUAUGUAAAUAUAGGAGUACAAAACACCAAAUUAAUGUUUAAAACAUAACCCUAACCAAUUUAGUCAAUAAGAACAUUCAAACAGUGGCAGUAAAGUUUUCAUACUAUAGUAUAAUGUAAAGUCCAUUUUGUUCUUAGAAUAUUUAAAACAAUUACACAAAACUUAUUAUUCUUGUUUUGUAAGUUCUGAUCUGUUUUGAGGUUAUCAAGCUUAUCCCACUACUUUCUCGCCUCUACCUUUAUUCAAUACUUCAAUUGCUUUUGUGUUAGUUUAAGAUUACCUAUCUCAUCUGGAUAGAAAAGAGAUUUUUUUAAGUGUAUCAAUGGGUUUUAUGUGUUUCUCACUUGUGAUAUAGCUAUAAUCAUUUUCUUAGACUGUUCAGCCAGGGCCGGAUCUCCCAAUAGGCCCGGGCCUAGGGUGCAAGCUCCCUGGGGGCGCAUCCCUGGACUCCUCAUCCCAUUUUAAACUUUGAAGCUUGUUUUUCGUGUCUAGUUCAUGUACGUCCACACUGGAUCACUGGGGGUUAGAUGAAAUUUUGUUUCUUUUAUUUUAGAGUUAUUUUCAUGAUUUGUGCUAGACUAUUAAUUUGGUUAUAUAACUAGGAGAUUAGUUAUUGUUUAUGAUUAUAUUGUUUUAUUUGGUUAAAUGAGGUUUUAAAUGACUGAAAUAACAAGAAACAAAUUGUAAACAAAACAUGACCUCUAUAGUUGGACGUACAGAGACAAUAAAAUUGGCUUCAGCUGUUCCAUAAGGAUGAUAAAUCUACUAAGGUAGUAUGUUUUAUCCAUGCUAAAACGUUCCAAUUUUGAAGCUCCUUUGAACAAAUAAUUAAUGAGAAAUAAUUAAUUAAUUAAUAAUUAAUUGAUGGUUAAGUUAAUCAAUUUUUCAACGUACUUUACAACAUUGUUUUUAAACACAGGAGAAGGCUGUAGUAGGAUGUUGUCUAGUAUUACGUAUCGUCUUGCUACUGCUACUCUGCUGGCACGGCUCUGGUGCUACUGCUAAAAAAGUGAGUAGGGGCGCUUGCGCGGGACAAUGUGUUAUUGUAUCUAGACAGACACUGUUACCAACCUUGACCUAGCAAAACGAAAGUUAUCAAGAAAUAUUUUGAUUAGCUUAAAAUAACCUGCAGUAUCAAGCUAAAAUACUGUAUAUAAUACAGAUUUU